AUGGAUAAGAAAAGUCAUGGACAAUGGGCUCGCAAUUUCGAAAAAGUAAAAGCAGUUGUCGUUGAACUUAAUGAGCUUAUCUCCCGAAUUAAAACUGAUCAUAGAAUGAAGAAAACCGUUGAAGAACCAUUGUCAAUUAAUAUUUUUACCACAAGUACUAAUGCAAGUACAUCAAUAAUGGGUGUAAAUGGUCAAUUUGUUUUCUCUCAAGUUUUAAUUGAUUGUCUUCAGCGGUUAGAAUUCAAUAAGACAGAUAAAGAAGAGCUUAUUCAUCUUUGUAAACAGGAAUAUAAAGAGAACGAUUUUGAAUUGAGCUAUAUUGAUGAAUUUGAAAAUAGUUAUUCACCUGACCAAGUCUUGUGGUGGUACACAAGACAGUCAUUCUUCUACAAAACUCUCAAUGCUGCUCUACGUAAGCAAGAUAUUCAUUUAAUUUUUCUAUUACGUGCAAUUAUUUCGGAUAUGCAUCGUCAAUUGAAAAAUAAUCAAGCUAAACAUCCUCUACGAGUUUAUCGAGGCCAGAUGAUGUCAAGUGAUGAAUUGCAAACUUUGAAACAAUGCCUCGAUCAAUUUAUAUCAGUGAAUUCAUUUGUUUCCACCAGUAUGGACAAACAGAGAGCUCUUACAUUCCUGAACACUUCUAAUGCUACAGACAGUUUAGAACGGGUAUUGUUUGAAAUCGAUGCUGAUCCUACAAUGGCCACUACAAAACCAUUCGCUGAUAUCAGUCCGUUUAGUCAAUUUCCCAGAGAAGCAGAAAUACUUUUUAUGCUUGGUUCUAUUUUUCGUUUGAAAAGCAUCCAUCGCUAUGGCGACAGUCAAGUAUGGGUUAUCCGAAUGGUUUUAUGUAGUGAUAAUGAACACGAAUUAAAAUACGUUCUUAUGAAUAUGAAACAACAACUUGGAAGUGGAAAAACAGAUCUUCGAACAUUAGCAAGAUUACUGUCGGAGAUGAAUAAAACUGAUUUGGCUGAAAAAUAUUUUAUGCGCUUGUUAGAACAACUUCCAUCCAGUGACCCAUUACUUUAUGAUUUGUAUCAGGAUCUUGGUAAACUCGCAUCACAAGUCGGUAAUUUUGGCAAGAGUAUGGAAUGGCGUCAAAAAGCUAUUGCGCUGCAACAAAAAAAUGAGCUAGCAGGUAAGCGAUCGUAUAAGUAA